AUGCAGUCCCUGACGGAGGAGAUCCAGAGUUUCUCUCGGACGCGGCUCAGGAAGCAGUGCACCCGUGUGACGUCGCUGAGCGGCCGCCGCAUCAUCGAGACAUGGAAGGGUUCAACGAUCACCGUGGUCGAGGACCCUGUCCCCCCAGAGACGAUGCUGGGGUAUGUCCCUGACACCUCCUGGGAUGUUCAGGUCGGCAUUGUCAAACCCUACCUGCUGCUGGGUGAGUGAACACGUCCCGAAAUGAUCGAAUGGUCCUCAUGAACCACCGUUAGGUUAGGUCAGUGAGGUUUAGCUGCAAGGUCAGGAGGAGAAACAGAAGGACAAGAGUUAGUCAUUUAGAAAUCAACAUAAAAAAACAGGUUUGAAUGAGAGGUGGGAGGAAAGACAGGGAAGUGAGCGCCUUAUAUCAUCAAACCAUCAAACUCUAAUCUUGCUGUCUUCAAAAUCAGGUGUAACAUAGUCUAGAAAAAUAAACCUGAAGAGGAAAUUAGUAAAUUAAAGCUCCUGUGGGAGUUUUUCAACCUUUUAUGAAACAGACUGAAAUUCAUAUUGCGAGGGGUUAGGUGUCAGCAGAGUGGUUGAAGAGACAGCUCUUUGUUUAUGUUGUCUUCACUAAAUAUUGACCGUGAAUGAAUGUUCAAUUUCACUGUCAAAAGUAGGAUGGGAUUAGGAUUAAGUAAGACGAGGACAAAUUUAGCAAAGUUCUCUUUGUCCACAGGGUGCACCUGUUUGACUAAUUUGCACAGUUUUGCACAGGAGUUUUAAAUUAAAAAAAAAAAGUAGUCUAAUACAUGAGUUAAAUAAAAAACAACAGUAUUCCAGUGGAUCGGAUAUACCCUUAUCUCCUGCCCUGGAAGUCACCCUCAGUCCCCCAGCUCACCAGCGCUGAGUAACAUGAAUCCAGACAUGGGGGAGAGGUGUGACCUAUCAGGACUCACCUGUUCACAGGUGUAACAGGAAUGACCCUGUGACCUGCAGCAGACGCUCCGCGGGGGGGAUACUUAGGUUAUCUGUUCACUGCUGUACCCUGGAUGGGUUGACCGGCUUACUAACUGAAUAUCUGAUGGAAAAUUUAGAUAAAAUACAUAAUCAACAAGACAAGGAUAAAAAACUUUAGUUCAUAAUGUCAUGGUUAUUAAAACAAAAAAUGACUCUUCACCGCUCUUUCUGCUGUUAUUCACUGUCUGUGUGUGUAGGUUCUCAAGAUGCUGCCCAUGACUUUGGCACUCUAAGAAAACACAAGGUGAGAUUAUUUUUCUCCAUUGCGGCUCCAUUGCACUUAGUUCUGCCAUAUAACUCAUAUAACCUCACUUCAAAAAUACUGAAAUAUCCCUUUAAAGCUCUCAGACAAACACUGGGAUUGUUGAACAUUAAGAUGUAUUAUAGAUGCUUCUACUGUGAGAUAGGUGAGACAACCACAUUUGAGCCAAAAUAAGACUGCAGGAAGUUUGUUCAUAUCUGGACUCAGGUCUAAACCUGUUUGGACUAAAUCUGAGCCUCCUCUUCCUCUGUAGGUGUCUCACAUCCUAAACGUGGCCUUCGGGGUGGAGAACGUGUUUCCUGACCUCUUCAUCUAUAAAACCGUCAGUAUCAUGGAUCAUCCUGACGCUGAUAUUCUGCUUCACAUGAAGGACUGCUGCGACUUCAUCCAACAGGCUCGCAAUGAGGUAACACAUUAAAAUUGAUUUACUAUCGUCUGUUAAUGCAGAAAUUCAAAAUUUUGACUGGACAAUCGUUUAAAUUCAGCUAAACAUUUAGAGCGAUAGAAAGAAAUAUCAUCUGGGAGAUUUUCUCACACUGGUGUCAUUUCGGCUUCUCAAACACUCUUGCUUUUCUUCUGAUAGACAGUUGGGGUGUUACUUUUUACACAGCUUUGAAUUUAUAACCAAAUCUUUAAUUCUGUACCAAAUGAUUAUUGACACAGAACUUGUUUUCAGAAGAAAGGGUCUUAAAUGAGUGUGACACCUGGUCCACAUUUGUCCGUCUCUCCUCCUUCCUCCCACCUUGACCCUCCUCCUGUGUUAGGGUCUGCAUGGACCCGUUUUUGAUUUUAAAUGCUAAAAAGAAUUAUGGCUCUUGUGUUUGGGUCGCUGUUGACCCCGUUAGAUCAAUAUCUAAUAAUUAGAGCAAAAAUUAAAAUCAUAAGUGCACUCUCAGGCACUACACUGACAGUCAGAUUCUCAUCCAAUCAUGUGAGGUUUAGGAAAUUCUCAUUUUGCCAUAUUUUUCCCUGCACAAAAAAAAAAACGUCAGGCAUGUUCAGACAUGUGAGAUCAAUUCAGUAUAGAUGUCUGUAUGAGGGGUUUUCUGACAAAGAAAGGCCCAGAGGCCCACAACAAAAAUACUACAAACAAUAUUUUCAUGGAUAAUGAAGCCUAAUAAGGUAACCUAGAGAUGAGAACCAAAUUGGAUGAUAGAGAAUUGUUUUUAGUGUGAUUUGAAGCUGAUUUAAGACACGGGUCAAAAACGAUCCUCAACAUGGAGGGUGCGUAGUAAAAGCUAACACAGGAGGAAGGUUAAAAAAAUAGAAAUUUAACAAAGAGUGAGAGCUGCUGUAGCUUGGUCAGACCAAAGGCAAGAUCAGGUCCAAAAACAAGAAACAGUCCCAUCAGAGGACGAGGUUGAACAGUAACACACAUUCCCAUCUUCUCCUCCCUCCUCCUCCUCCUCUCAUGUUUUAAAUAAUGGAUGUUUAGUUUUGCUCAUCUUUUAUUAAACUGCACACAGAUCAGAUCUCAGUGUCAUACAAGCUUUUAGCAGCAGAGCCUGCAGUUCACCUUAACAUGACACCGAACACACAUGCACACACAGGGACUCACACACAGGGAUACACACAAACACACACAUGCACACAGAGGGAGUCAUUAGGCAGUUAUUAGGGGUGUAUGAUUACAGGAAGUAUGUGCGUUCAUUAUGAUAUGUCUGUCUAUGUGCGUGUGUGUGUUUGUAUUCGGGGGUAAUUCCAGCUUCGAUAAUCAAACUGAUGCAUGUACUUUGAAAGGCAGGGUCAUAUUACCCAGCAGGCCAUCUGGUUGGAAAUGACCCUCAGGUAUUCACUCUGUCAAAGUGACAGCGUCAUGUGACUGAAUGUGUCUGUUGUUGUUUUGUGAGUUUUUUUUUUUAUUACAAAAUGCAAAUCAAAAAGUAUUUUACGAUUUUUUUCACCAAAAGUUUGCAGUCACUUAAAAUUAUUCUUAUUAUUAUUUUACACUUUUGCACUUUCUUCAAACACACUCUAAUUUAUUUCCUCAGACAGGUGCUUUGAAAGGAAAUCAGACCAUCAAAAAGUGUACGCAAACUUUCCAAAGUGUUACUCAAUCCAACCUCUCCAUCCUCCUCCUCCUUAAUCGGGUUGAUAUCAAUGAGCUUAAUCCCCAUCUCAUUAACUGGGACACAGAUGUAGUUUAAACCUCCCAUGAGACGGAGAACAGAGGCAGUAAUGGAGACGCUAAUGGGACUCUAAAGACACUAACAAACAAGACAUCCAUUACUUAAAGUGUGUGUCAGUGGUGAGGCUGGUGAGGCUGUGCAUCACUUUGUUUGCUGGGAUUUAGAGACCUCUACUGGUCAGAGAGAGCCACUGUACCUUGGUCUUCCAGGAUUUGUUUGGACUACAGUACUGUGAGUGCCAGGCAUAUUUGCAGAUUAGCCGGAAAGAGGAACACCUGCCUGUAGUGAUGUGUUGUUACUGAACGAUUCAUUCAAAAGAACCAAAUCUUUUAAGUGAACAUACUGAACAGAAUCAUUUCCUCGAGUGAUUCGUUCGUUUCUCACUUCAAUUGAGCUGGAGUGAGAAACAGCAUUGCCAGUCGAGUAGCCUGCGAACGAGGGACCGCAUGCACAACACCUGAAUCACUUGGUGAACGAAUCACGCAUUGAACUACACUCUCUGGAAUCAUUUUUGUCCUGAGCAGACCUGAUAAAUAGCAUAUCAUAGGAACAGAACACUUAAAACAUCAUCACCUUUCAACAAGUUCAUUUUUAUAAACCUGUUUGCCAUAGCAACACAGCCAAACACUCGUCUUCUGGUCCCAGAAGCUAUUAUCUGAACUGAAUCCUGAACCGUUCAGCUGUGUAUCAGUUCAGGAGGUCGGAGUCGCAGGCUUCCCCCGCCAAACGCAACAUGAUAUUUGGUGAAUGAAUCUUUUGAACGAAUCUUUUUAGUGAACUGAUUCUAGUGAUUCAGUACAUCUAAAAGAACUGCUGUGCCCAUCACUUCCUGUCUGAAUUCUGUGAUAGGAGGGUCAGGGGGUUAGAAAGGCUCUCCUGCCCCCUAGUGGAUGAAACCAGUUCCUGCAGCUUUGACCUCACCUUCUUGUUCCCUUCACAGAAAGGAGUGGUGCUGGUCCACUGUAACGCAGGCGUGUCGCGAGCACCUGCAGUGGUCAUCGGCUACCUGAUGUCAUGCGAAGGCCAGUCUUUUGACGGCGCUCUCUCAUUGGUCAGAUCAGCCAGGCCCGCCUCCUUGCCUAAUCCAGGCUUCUUGGACCAGCUGAGGAACUACAAAACGCCUACAAUGAAUGGAUCCAAGCACUAA